AUGUUGUUAAUGCGAGGAGCUCGCGUCUCCACUGACGACCGGCAGGGGGCGAUCUGCCGGCGACCGAGGCGACGUGCCUCCGGCGCCCAGAGCGUCCCGGAAGUGCGCGCUGAUGGGGCGCUGCUGCACUUCCGGCUGGCGCGCGGGCGGCCACUCCGCUCGGAAGGUCACAAGUGUGCACACCUUCAGCAGACCUCCAGGAGGAUGGCAGCCCUGGGGGAUGAGUCCUUUCAUGCCCCAUCCCCUGUCAGUCUCUUGUCACCAGGGACACCUGGAGCCCACCACUGCGAGGCCCGGCCUCACUUCCUCGAUCAUCAACACGAUUCCAAGUCUGAGUCCAGCCAGACCACGGCGUUUCCCCGUCCACUCGACCCAGAAGAUGGGAUGGACAAGGCUGGAGGGGUGCUGCCGAUCCCGCCUUGGAGACCCCAAUGCGGGGGCAGCAGCGGGCAGGAGUGCAGCCUGGAGCCCCAGGCCGGUCCACCUCUAGGGGUCACCCCCUGUUCCCCGACGAGGGGCACCUGGUGCAUGACGCUGGUACCACAGGGCACCCCGGGGACUGAGGUGGCCCCUGGGCGGGCCACAGGGCUGGGGGGCCCCAAGGCACACGGCUGCGAAGCCUGCGGCAAGAGUUUUAAGUACCAGUCGCUGUUGCUGAAGCACCAGCGUAUCCACACGGGCGAGAAGCCGUACGCCUGCCACGAGUGCGGCAAGCGCUUCCGUGGCUGGUCGGGCUUCAUCCAGCACCACCGCAUCCACACGGGCGAGAAGCCCUACGAGUGCGGCCAGUGCGGCCGCGCCUUCAGCCACAGCUCGCACUUCACGCAGCACCUGCGCACCCACAAUGGCGAGAAGCCCUACAAGUGCGGCGAGUGCGGCCAGGCCUUCAGCCAGAGCUCCAACCUGGUGCGCCACCAGCGGCUGCACACAGGCGAGAAGCCGUACACCUGCAGCCAGUGCGGCAAAGCCUUCAUCUGGAGCUCGGUGCUCAUCGAGCACCAGCGCAUCCACACGGGUGAGAAGCCCUACGAGUGCCCCGACUGCGGCAAGGCCUUCCGCGGCCGCUCGCACUUCUUCCGGCACCUGCGGACGCAUACGGGCGAGAAGCCGUUCACCUGCAGCGCUUGCGGCAAGGCCUUCGGCCAGAGCUCCCAGCUCAUCCAGCACCAGCGGGUGCACUACCGGGAGUAGCGGGGGCACCAGCCCCAAUAAAGCCCUUUCUCGUUGAUGGAAA